AUGGAAUCAUCAACAAUGAUCACUGAAACAGAUCUCAAUUUAUCCAAUGAGAAAAUUCAAGAUUUUUCAAAUAUAGAUUUAGAACCUUUUGAAAAAAGUUCAGUAUGGUCUGAUGAAUAUCUGUCUACAUUAAAUAUUCAACGUCGUCCAUUUGAUUUUCAAGUUGGACUCGUUCAAUCUGUAAUUAAAAGUGAAAAUUCUAUUGUAUGUUUACGAACUGGUGCAGGAAAAACUUAUAUAUCUGCUUUAUUAAUAAAAUAUUAUUACAUGAAAAAAAAGAAAGAAAAAAAACAUGAAGAUUUCUUAACAUUUUUUUUUAUUCCUCAUCGUUCUAUUCGUGAUCAACAAGUAAAAGCUUUACGUGAUGUUGGCGAUCUUCGAGUUAUUAGUUGUGAUGAUAAUUCAUCUGCAAAUCAAUUCAUUCAUCAUAAUCAUGUUAUUGUUUGUACACCGCAAAAAUUUCUCAAUUGUUUAUUAGAUAAAACAAUUUCUUUAAAUUAUAUUGAUUUAAUUAUUUUUGAUGAAUGUCAUAAUUGUAUUGGUAGACAUCCAUAUUCACAAAUUAUGGAACAAUAUCUAGUUUAUCAUCCAGUUGCAGAUCGAACAAGAAUUAUUGGUCUUACUGCAUCGUGUGGAACAAAAUUAACAAAUCCACAAGCACUACUUAAAGAAUUAUUUGAUGAAAAAACACGAAAAGCAAAAGCCCUUGGAAAGCUUUAUGAAUUAUGUGCAACACUUAAUUGUUUCGAUGUUGUUAAUGUAAUCGAACAACAACAUGUAGAAGAAUUAAAUAACAAAGUUCCGCGACCAACAGAUGAUCGAAUUCUUACUGUUGAAUCGAUACCAUUUGAUCAAUAUUUAAAAGAGUUAAAAGAAAGCCUUACAGAAUUAUUGACACGUAUAUUAUCUCGAUGCUCUCCUGAUCCAGAAAUUACUAAUUUAACUGAUGAACAAAAAUUAGUCGAAGCAAGAAUUUCACAAGAAAAAAAAAAUCAUUUUACCAACAUCAUAUUAAUUAAUUAUAUGAUUAUAUUUGUCAAACGCUUCAAUGCGCUAGGUGAUUUACCAUUGAGAUCAGUAAUGAUUGAUAUUGAAAAGAAACUUGAUUUAUUUUACAAACGAAAGGAAACACCACUAGAAGUUGAAACUGAAGUUCAUGAUAUUUGCCUGAAAAAAAUCAGUAAUAUAGUCACACAAUUGAAACAAAGUCAAUAUUAUUUAACAAAUCCUAAGUUGGAUUUUUUGACCAAUUUAUUACGAGAACAAAUCAACAAAAGAGAUAAAAAUGCAAGAGGACUAGUUUUGGUAUCACGUACACUCUAUGCAAAACUGAUGUUUGAUUAUUUGAAAGAACGUGAAGAUAUUCAAGAUAUCAUAAAACCUUGUUGGCUUGUGGGUCAAAGUGGUGUUGAUUAUCAAAAUAGUCUUUCCGAACAAGAUAAAACAUUGAAAGAUUUUCGAAAAGGUUUAUCAAAUGUAAUGAUUGCUACAGAUAUUGUACAAGAAGGUUUGGAUGUUCCCGAAUGUUCAUUUGUUAUUCGUUAUGAAUUUGUUUCCAAUGAGAUUGGUACCGUUCAAUCAAGAGGACGAGCUAGAGCAGACAAGAGUGCUUGUUAUUUGGUAGUUGAUCUAUAUUCAGAAAAUCAUGAGAAAGAAAGGAUAAAUCGUUUAAAAGAACAAGAAAUGAUCGAAGCACUUAAUGAUUGGAGACGUGUACCAACCGAUCAAGUGAAAGAAAACAUUCGCACAACACAAAACUCUAUUAUUGGUCAAUGGCAAGCAGAAGCAGAAUUGAGAGAGUUGAUUCGUGCCAAUUUAACAGAUCCAAACACUAUCAAUGGCAAAGUUUCAUGUCGUUGUUGUGAUUAUUAUUUAGGAGAACUUUCAUGGCUACGACAAAGAAAUAAUAAUUAUUUUAUUCCAGAAAGACAACUUGUUGAACAGGUAGAAAUCGAACGGUAUCUACAACCAGAAAUAUAUAAAGAAAUCCAAGUGAAUGGCGUAGUUCGAUGUGGAAAUAAACAAUGUCGACAAGAUUUAGGUGGAGCACAAAAUUUUAUCGAUCGACCCGAUAUCAAAGAAAUAUGCGUUCUUAAAUGUAAACAAUUGAAAUUCUUCGUGAAAAAUGAAACCGACAAAGAUGAGUGUUUAAUUCACAAGAAAUGGAGUGAUGUGAAAUUUAAAAUAAUCAACUUAGAACCACUUCAAUACAAUUAG